AAUCAAAAAGAUCGUUAGAGAAAGUUCAAAUUUCUCUACUUUGUUAUACGCCCUUAAUGUGCUCGAAUGUCAAUCUAAGGAGAUUGACUGGAUGGACUGAUGGAGUUUAGAAUCCUCGAAAGUAUCUCUCGUAUCCAACCACUGAAAUGGGUAAGGCUAUGCCCUCUUCAAUUCAAUCAUGUUACUUCCCCCCGCUAACCCCUUUCCCGCUCCAUUGUAACAACCACCUUCCCAUUCUCUCUCCUCCGCCUCUCAUGGCGGCGGCAAACUUCGCAACCUCACUUCACCACUACCACAACCAUCACCGCUCAGUCCCAUACUUGCAGUUCCGGUCCCAAAUGUUGCAUCACCGGCAACCUAGAAUCUCCACAAUUCCACUGUCGCGCUCCUUCUCUCCCCAUCGCCGUCGCCGACGCCGCUCUACUCGCCGGAACCCUAACAAGCGGAACGAUUCCUCUCAAUCUUCAUCUUCUGAUUCUGGAAAGCUCCAAUUCGUACUUGAUGUUGAUCAACUGAAAACCAAAACACCACUAUCUCUCCAAAGAGCUCUUAGUUUGUGUGAGUCUAAGUUUCAUGAGUUUGUAUCUUCUGGAACUGAUGCUUACAAUGACCUACGAAGUCUCGUAAUCGUCGAACCGGGGAGUAAUCGAAUCGUUGUGUCGUGCUCGGAUUCGACGGUUCGUUUUAUGGGGAGUCUUAUGCUUUGGAGUUGUCUUGGUGUUGUUUUUAUUAGGAUUUUGAUUAAUUUAGGGUUAGGGUUGCGGCGGAGGAGUGGGGAGAUUACGGUGGCGGUUGUUAAGAGGCGAGAUAGGAGUUUGGGUGGGAGAGAAGUGGUGGUUGAGAAGAGAGUUGUGGAGGGGGCAGAGAGAAAGAGUGAUCUUGGGAUGAAUGAAAGGGAUUCGGGGGUAAUAUCCAGGAAUUCGAUACGAAAGGAGCAGCAGCAGCGGAAGUUGCCGAAUUGGUGGCCGGUUAUUGGUCCAAGACCUGUUGUGGAAGUGUUGAGGGAGGACUAUCGGACUGCUGCCAACAAACUCGUUCAAGCAAUCAUGGAUGAUAAACUGAGAGGAAAGGACGUCUCAGAGGAAGAUAUACUUGAAUUGCAUAGGAUUUGUAGGGUAUCUGGAGUACAACUCUCCUUUGGAACGGAGAAUGCCCGAGACUCAUUUUAUCGUUUAGCUGUACACAAUGUCAUAAACACUUGUUGUAGGGCUGGGAAUCCUUCAGUUCAAAUUGAUGGUGAGGAUGCUCGUCUGUUUGUAGCUGGGUUGGCUUAUGAUGUAGGUCUCUCUAAUUCUCGAGCUGCAACGAUCGUUUCUGCUGCUGUUGCUGCUCAAACACGCCUAUGGUUUUUACAGGCUUGGGCUUUGGAGAUGCAAGCGAAAAACUCAGAAGCAAUGGAGGAGUUAAAGAAGAUAUGUUUAAUUCACCAGAUAUUUCCACCUGAACCUUCCUCUGCAGAAAUGGAGAUGGUUGCUCGGGGUCUACAGCAACACUUGAAACCAGAGCACCGAGAACUUCUACUGACUAAACUCGUCAGUGUUUGUGGUGAAGAGAGUCCAAGAAGUGCUGCAGAGGCCCUUGGUCUGGUGUGAUACACUUAUUUGCCUCUUUCAAGUGAAUAUUCGUUGAAAUCGUUUGCAUGAAAGCUGAGAGGUAGAAGAUUUUUGGUUUUCUUGUGCUAGUAUUAGUUUUUUCAGUUGUAGAAUUUUCAAAGACUAUAAAAUCACCAAUAUCAAGUUUUUUUUUUGUUUUGGCAAGUAAUAUCAAAUAAAUUAUUAAUUUAUAUUGUUAUGAAAUGUAUUCAAUUCAUUCAUUAUUACUUAAACAAAGUAUUCAUGGUUUUUACUAAUUAAGUUAUCUCAUUGGUUUUCUUUGUA